AUGUUCCCAGUGUCCGGGGCGGGCCGGCAGGUCAGAGGGGCGGGCUUAUGGCAGACCCCUGGGGAAGCCGACCCGUUACAUGCAUAUGGCCUACAUAUCUACAUAGAAGGUAGUCUGGACGCAGGGAUUAUCAUGUCGAAGCUGCCCCACCAUGAAGCUGCCCUGGCACCACCGCCACGGGCAGGUGAGCUCUGGGGAAAACCAACAUCUGUCGCUGCGCACAGGUCGGACCACUGCAUCUCUGUGACAGACCAAACACAAGGCGUCAACAUGGCAGAAAAAGGGAAGACGGCUGCUCUGGGGAGCAAGGACACCCCCACCAACCCCCGCGGCAUACCCUAUGCGCCGUUCGUCGACAGGGUAGAGGACUAUGUGACCUCGCGCGCCGAGACCGAGCCCACGCUGCGGAAGUUCCAGGAGAUGAUCGCGAAAUACCAGUACAUGGAGUCGAACAUGCAACGGAAAGCGGCGGGCCUCCAGGACAAGAUACCAGACAUUCAAAAGACGUUGGAAACAGUCCAGUUCCUCAAGACGAGAAAAGACGAGACGGACCCGAUCGAGACUACCUUCGAGCUGAACGACACGUUGUUUGCCAAGGCUGAGGUGCCCCCCACCGACGAGGUGUACAUAUGGCUCGGUGCGAACGUCAUGCUGGCAUACCCAAUGGACGAGGCAGAGACGCUGCUGGUUGAGAGGCUGGCCAAGGCCAAGAAGAGCCUCGGGGAUUGCGAGGAGGAUGCGGAAUUCCUGAGAGAACAGAUCACGACCAUGGAGGUUGCGACAGCACGAGUGUACAACUGGGAUGUGGUGCAAAAGCGGAAGGAAAAGGACGAGCAGGAAAGCAAAGAAAAGGAAGAAAAGAAGUCCGGCGGUGGCUGA